AUGCCUCCAAAGCACAGAGAAGUGAAGAUUCAAUGGAAGGAAGCUUUGACGAACGUAGCCAAUCUCCUUGGAUAUCAUUCUGUGACCUGGGGUAACGAAGCUACAAUGAUUGAAGCAAUCGCCAAUGAUGUUUUGAGCAAACUGCUUUUAACUCCAUCAAAGGAUUUUGAGAACUUUGUUGGCAUUGAAGAUCACAUCUCAAAUGAGUGA